AUGGCUACCGACGUCCAAGCUGGACUAGACCUCAACUGGACCCUGACAAUACCGAUGGCGACCAAUGGCACCGCUGCGGCCGAUGCCCAGCCCGAGGCCACGACUGGCAACCCUUCACAUCGUUAUCUGAGCACUCGAGGCGAUGACUCUGGAUUUACCUUUGAGCAGGCCGUUCUCAAGGGCCUUGCCUCCGACGGUGGCCUCUUCAUCCCGGAGGCCAUUCCCGCCGCCACCAACUGGCAACAAUGGAAGGACCUUUCCUUUGCCGACCUGGCCUACGAGGUCCUCUCGCUAUACAUCUCACCCGACGAGAUCCCCCCCGCCGAUCUCCGCGACAUCAUCCAGCGCAGCUACUCGACGUUCCGUCACGCCGACACCACACCGCUCGUCCACCUGGAUGGCAGCCACUACCUGCUCGAGCUGUUCCACGGACCGACAUUUGCAUUUAAGGACGUCGCGCUACAGUUUGUCGGUAAUCUCUUUGAGUACUUUUUAGUUCGUAAAAACGAGGGCAAGACGGGCAAGGACCGCCACCACCUCACCGUCGUCGGCGCCACCAGCGGCGACACCGGCUCCGCCGCUAUCUAUGGCCUCCGCGGCAAGAAGGACGUCUCCGUCUUCAUCAUGUUCCCGACCGGCCGCGUCAGCCCCGUGCAGGAGGCGCAGAUGACGACGGUCCUCGACGCCAACGUCUACAACCUCUCCGUCGGCGGCACCUUUGACGACUGCCAGGACAUCCUCAAGGCCCUCUUCGCCGACAAGGACGCCAACGCCGCGCUCAACCUCGGCGCCGUCAACUCCAUCAACUGGAGCCGCAUCCUCGCCCAGAUCGUCUACUACUUCCACGCCUACUUCUCCCUCGCGCGCCAGUCGCCCGGCUUCGCGCUUGGCGACAAGGUGCGCUUCGUCGUCCCGACGGGCAACUUUGGCGACAUCCUGGCCGGCUACUUUGCGCAGCGCAUGGGCCUGCCGGUCGACAAGCUCGUCAUCGCGACCAACGAGAACGACAUCCUCGACCGCUUCUGGAAGACGGGCCGGUACGAGAAGCAGGCGCGCGGCGAGGAAGGACAAGCGGAGGCCGCCGUUGGCGCGGACCCGUCCGGCGUCAAGGAGACGCUCAGCCCCGCCAUGGACAUCCUCGUCUCGAGCAACUUUGAGCGCCUGCUGUGGUUCCUCGCGUACGAGUUCGCCGCGACCGCCGGCAUGGACGACGAGUGGAACAAGCGCCAGGCCGGGCAGGAGGUCGCCGGCUGGCUGCGCGCCCUCCGCGACCAGGGCGCCUUCGGCCCCGUCUACCCGGACGUGCUCGCCGCCGCCCAGCGUGACUUCGAGAGCGAGCGCGUCACCGACGCCCAGACCCUCGACGCCAUCACCCGCUUCUACCGCCGCGUCGGCCAGGUCCUCGACCCGCACACGGCCGUCGGCGCCGCCGCCACGGAACGCUCCCUCGGCCGCGCCGCCACCGUCCCACACAUCUCCCUCUCCACUGCCCACCCGGCCAAGUUCUCGGGGGCGGUGGAGAAGUCACUCGCCGGCGAGACUGGCUUCGACUUCGCCGCGCAGGUGCUGCCCCCGGAGUUCGUCGGGCUUGAGACGAGGGAGCGCAGGGUGGCCACGGUAGAAAACGACUGGCGCAAGGUGCGCGACCACGUCAAGGCGCAAGUGGAAAAGGAGCUCGCGGGGCAGCAGUAG